UAAGGGAAACAUAAUUGUUCCUCCAAACAGAGUAAACAAUGAUUGGUAGAUAAAGAAAUUGUGGUAGAUACACUUUCUUUACAAAAUUCAAAGCUCGAAGAAAAGUUUUCUUUUUUAAUGGUGGUGGUGGCUCUGCUCUUAACUAUGGUUUCCGUAGAGGGUUUAUGAUCUUAAGUGGAAGUUUCCUGAAUAACACCGACAGAUUUUGGAAUCUGACUUUCUGGGUAUUUGAGACUUCCUAGAAGAGAAGAUGGGUUUAAGGUUUUUAUGAUCGGUUUUGUGGGAAUUAUUAUCCAGAUAGAAAGAGUCUAGGUUUUGGUUUGUUGAGUUAUAUAGCUUUGUGGUCAAUGAAGAAGAUGAUUGGGAGUCCAGGAACAAUGAGUGGGCUGAUAUUGAGGUUAGGGCAGUGUGCGACUGCUGCUGCUUCCAUCGGUGUUAUGGUCUCUGCUCCUGGCUUCUCUAGCUACACUGCUUUCUGCUUCUUAGUUGCAUCUAUGGGUCUUCAAAUGAUUUGGAGCUUUGGACUUGCGUGUCUUGACGUAUAUGCCAUAAGGCGAAGAAGCGACUUACAAAGCCCCAUCCUACUAAGCCUCUUCGCAGUUGGUGAUUGGGUCACGGCACUUCUCUCCCUUGCGGCUGCGUGUUCAUCUGGAGGAGUUACGGUUUUAUUCACAAAAGACACAUUAUUUUGCAAGCAGGCCUCCCUCUCUUGCAAUUGGUUUCAGAUUUCUGUCGGUUUAGCUUACUUCAAUUGGGGUUUAGCUGCUAUAUCGUCUCAUGCAAUGUUUUGGAUCUUGAUAUGACAAACACACCCACCUCCUUCACUUUUACAAAUAUCCAUUUAUAUGAAUCGUUUUUCUUUUGUCUAACUCAUAACCGGAAACGAGGGCAAGUGUUCAAAGUCAUUUUUGGUGAAUUCAUAACACAACUGAGUCUCAGUAGUGUAUGAUUUUUAUCAUUGGAGUUUUGUACACACUAUCCAACCGUUCAAUUCAAAUAUUCUAACUUGUAUACUUA